AUGUUGCACUCUAAGGAUGAGGCUUUUGAAGAUCUGCUGAAGCCGGUGUACAAGGGCAAGAAGCUGACCGAUGAGGUGAACACUGCUGAUGACAAGUGGAACUUGCUUCCUGCGUUUUUGAAAGUGAAGGGUCUUGUGAAGCAGCACCUGGACUCCUUCAAUUACUUUGUGGACGUUGACCUGAAGAAGAUUAUAAAGGCGAACCAGCUGAUUUUGAGUGAUGUCGAUCCAGAGUUUUACCUCAAGUACGUGGACAUCAGGGUCGGACAACGGUCCGGUAGUCCCCACAAGGACCAGCUGGUGCCGCCUCAUGAGUGUCGGCUGAGAGACAUGACAUACUCCGCGCCUAUCUAUGUUGAUAUCGAAUACACGAGGGGACGCAACAUUAUCAUGCACAAGAACGUCGAGAUAGGUAGAAUGCCUAUCAUGUUGAGGUCUAACAAGUGUAUCCUACAUGGAGCUGAUGAAAAGAUGAUGGCUAGGCUGAGCGAGUGUCCCUUGGAUCCAGGUGGCUAUUUCAUCGUGAACGGUACAGAAAAAGUUAUUCUUGUCCAGGAACAACUUUCAAAGAAUAGAAUUAUUGUCGAAGCUGAUGAAAAGAAAGAUAUUGUACAAGCAUCGGUGACCUCCUCAACACACGAAAGAAAGUCCAAGACCUAUGUUGUCACUAAGAAUGGUAAAAUCUAUCUGAAACAUAACUCUAUUGCUGAGGAAGUGCCCAUCGUUAUUGUAUUGAAAGCCGCAGGUAUCAUUUCCGACUUGGAAAUUAUGCAGUUGGUUUGUGGUAAUGAUAGUAGUUAUCAAGAUAUAUUUUCUGUUAACCUAGAAGAAGCUGCCAAAUUGAACAUAUGCACUCAGCAGCAAGCAUUAGAAUACAUCGGUGCUAAGGUAAAGACAAUGAGAAGACAGAAACUGACUAUUCUACAAGAAGGUAUUGAAGCCAUUGCAACCACAAUCAUUGCUCAUUUAACUGUUGAAGCCCUUGACUUUAGAGAAAAAGCUUUGUACAUUGCUACAAUGACUAGAAGAGUUGUGAUGGCCAUGCAUAAUCCAAAAAUGGUCGAUGAUAGAGACUACGUUGGUAACAAGAGAUUGGAAUUAGCAGGGCAAUUAAUCUCCCUUUUGUUUGAAGAUUUGUUUAAAAAAUUUAACAACGAUUUCAAGCUAAGUAUCGAUAAAGUCUUGAAAAAGCCUAAUAGAGCCAUGGAGUACGAUGCAUUAUUGUCCAUCAAUGUCCAUUCAAACAAUAUCACAAGCGGUUUAAAUAGAGCUAUUUCUACUGGUAACUGGUCCUUGAAGAGAUUUAAGAUGGAAAGGGCUGGUGUCACACAUGUUUUAUCGAGACUGUCCUAUAUUUCUGCUUUAGGUAUGAUGACCAGAAUUUCUUCCCAGUUUGAAAAGUCAAGAAAGGUUUCUGGUCCAAGAGCUUUGCAGCCUUCUCAAUUUGGUAUGCUAUGUACUGCUGAUACUCCAGAAGGUGAAGCGUGUGGUCUAGUUAAGAACUUGGCACUUAUGACACAUAUUACCACUGAUGAUGAAGAAGAACCGAUUAGAAAAUUAUGUUACGUUUUAGGUGUUGAACCGAUAAGUUUAUUGGACAGUGCCUCUCUUCAUUUAAAUUACGGUGUGUACCUAAAUGGUACACUGAUUGGUACUACCAAAUUUCCCUCAAAUUUUGUUUCUAGAUUUCGUUUCUUAAGAAGAACAGGUAAGGUUUCUGAGUUUAUUUCUAUAUAUACAAAUGAUCAUCACAAUGCCGUCCAUAUUGCAACUGAUGGUGGUAGAAUUUGUAGACCAUUGAUUAUUGUUAAGGAUGGAAAAUCGAUGGUUGAAGCAGAACACUUAAAGAGAUUACUUUCCGGUGAACUUGUUUUUGAUGAUUUCUUGAAAUUGGGUUUGGUUGAAUACCUUGAUGUUAAUGAAGAGAAUGAUUCUUAUAUUGCACUUUAUGAAAAGGAUAUUACGCAUGACAUUACACAUUUGGAAAUUGAACCAUUUACAGUUUUAGGUGCGGUUGCAGGUUUAAUUCCAUAUCCUCAUCAUAACCAAUCUCCAAGAAAUACAUACCAAUGUGCGAUGGGUAAGCAAGCCAUUGGUGCUAUUGCAUACAAUCAAUUUAAAAGAAUUGAUACAUUAUUGUACUUGAUGAUAUAUCCUCAACAGCCUAUGGUGAAGACUAAAACUAUUGAGUUAAUCGAUUAUGAUAAAUUGCCCGCUGGACAAAAUGCAACUGUUGCUGUCAUGUCUUAUUCCGGUUACGAUAUUGAAGAUGCCUUGGUUUUGAACAAAUCAUCGAUAGAUAGAGGUUUUGGUCGUUGUGAAACGAGGCGUAAAACAACAACUGUGCUAAAGAAAUAUCCAAACCAUACUAAAGAUGCAUUGUGCGGUAUGAGAGUUGACGAAAAUGGAGAAGCAAUUUGGCAACAUGAAUCUUUAGGUCCUGAUGGUCUAGGUGAAGUCGGAUUGAAAAUACGAAGUGGUCAAAUUUACAUUAACAAGUCUGUUCCAGUACAAUCCUCUGAUGCCAUGGCUGUGAAUCAAGCUCAGUAUCGUGAGACACCUGUUAUAUACCGUGCUCCGGAACUAUCUAUUAUAGACCAAGUAAUGAUGUCAACUUCUGAUAAUGACCAAGACUUGAUCAAGGUUUUAUUAAGACAAAACAGAAGACCGGAGUUGGGUGAUAAAUUCUCAUCUCGUCAUGGUCAGAAAGGUGUUUGUGGUAUUAUUGUACAACAAGAAGAUAUGCCAUUCAAUGAUCAAGGUAUUUGUCCAGAUAUUAUUAUGAAUCCACACGGUUUUCCUUCUCGUAUGACUGUUGGUAAAAUGAUUGAAUUAAUUUCUGGUAAAGCAGGUGUUUUGAAUGGAUCCUUAGAAUACGGUACAUGUUUCGGUGGGUCCAAGCUGGAAGAUAUGUCUAAAAUAUUAGUAGAUCAAGGUUUCAAUUAUUCUGGUAAAGACAUGUUAUAUUCUGGUAUUACCGGUGAAUGUUUGCAAGCUUAUAUUUUCUUUGGUCCGAUUUACUAUCAAAAAUUGAAACAUAUGGUGCUGGAUAAAAUGCACGCGAGAGCAAGAGGUCCAAGAGCAGUGCUAACUCGUCAACCAACUGAAGGUAGAUCUCGUGAUGGUGGUCUAAGAUUGGGUGAAAUGGAAAGAGACUGUGUUAUUGCAUAUGGUGCUUCACAGCUUCUUUUGGAGAGAUUGAUGAUUAGUUCAGAUGCUUUUGAGGUUGAUGUUUGUAGUAAUUGUGGUUUGAUGGGUUACAGUGGCUGGUGCUCAACAUGUAAGAGUGCAGAACAUAUUAUCAAGAUGACUAUUCCAUAUGCAGCUAAGCUACUAUUCCAAGAAUUACUUGCCAUGAACAUUGCACCCAGACUGAGACUGGAAGACAUUUUCCAAGAGUGA